CCUUGCGGCAUCCCAGGAUGGUGGCGCCCAGCGGUGCAAUGAGCGAUUCGGAGAACAGCAGCAGUAGCAGCAGCGAUGCGGAGGAAUUGGCACGGUGUCGCGAGGCGGCGACGCCCGCCUGGGGGCUGGAGCAGCGCCCUGGGGCAGCGGAGAGACCCGAUGCUGGUGCUGCAGAUAAACAAGCGCCGGCCCCACAGCCAAGCCGCAGGCGUGAGGUGAACCAGCACGAGGAAGAUGGCAACGACCUUCGGACCACUCCUGAGUUCCGAGCCCAUGUGGCCAAGAAACUGGGAGCCCUGCUGGACAGCUCCAUUGCCAUCGCAGAAGUUUGGAAGAAGUCGCAAAAGGCAAAGAUGCAGCAGGCAGCAAAUGUGCAGCAGGCAGCAAAGGAGGAGGAUGGCUUCCGCCUUUUCUUCACAUCCAUCCCCGGAGGCCAUAAGAAGGAAGCCUCUCCAAGACCCUGCCGGAAGCGCCAGCCCCCCAGCUCCAGUGAAGACAGCGAUGAGGAACUGCAGCGGUGCCGGGAGGCAGCAGUAUCGGCUUCAGAGAUUCUCCAGGAGUCAGCCAUACACUGCCCUGCCAAGGCAGAGGAGAAGAAGAAGUUGAAAAAGAAAGUCAAGAAGAAGCCGGACAACGCUGACCUGGCUGCAGCCCCAGGUCUGGAACAGGUAAAGGAGGCAGGCGUUGUCAAUGGGGACCCGGUGUCGCUUGGGAUCCAAAAGAAGAAAAAGAAGAAGGCCAAGAAAUCCAGAGAGGCUCCCCUGUGCCCACCAGCAGAGUGUGCAGCGGCGAAGCCUGAGAACUGACCCCAGGCUGUAGGUCCAGCCCUGAGGAUCAGGUGCCCAUGGAGUUAGGGCAGAGCCAAGCCACACUCCCAGUUUCCAGCUUCCCACAAUGACUGUCCAUGGGUGACUUUAGGUGGGCUUGUCCAAGAGUCCAAGCAACGGAGUGGGUAUAUGGGGAGAGGCCUGGAAUAGAUUUGUGGUUCCAGAACGUUCCCCAGCUUUUGGACUGAAUCUCAGAGCAUCCAUCUCCCCAGCCUGUGCAGCCUUGCAUGACAGUUGUCCUAGAGAAUGAUGGGCAGGCGUCUCCAAGCUGCCGAGGCCCCAGAAAAAAUUUUAGUACCUCUCUCCCAGACUUAAGAACAUUGUCUGGAAAAGAAGGGAAGGUCUCCCCCACCUCCUCCUCUCCCCACAUCUGUCUGUAACAUGUUGAUUUGUUAAUACCACAGGUAAGUCAGUCACUGACAGUCAGGUGCCAGAGUGCAGAGCACCUGCUUAGUGCUAGGCUGCAUGCAGGCUUGGGUACAAGGCCCCAAGAAAGAGAAAAAGGAAAAUAAAUUCUCACGUGUCCCAAGACCUACA